GCAGUGUCUGCGCUGACUGCAGCCCUCCUGGACGGGAGCCUCUGGGCCCAGCUUAGGGUGGCGUCCAGCGUGACCUACUCGGGAAUGGCAGCCUUCAGUGUUCUGCGGCCUCGGGUUCCGGGAAGCUCGGGGACCUGGGCAGCGGAUCCAGAUGCUUCCACAGCUGUGUCUCCGUCGCUCCGCUUCGGGGGCCGAGAACCAGCAAGACCAACGCGAGGAGGCGCCACGGUGCCUGCCGCCCCGCUCCCAGGAGGCCCGGACGAGGGUUCCUCGGCGAGCGGUCGGGGCCUGCUUCUCGAGGUGCCUGCGAGCGCCUCAUGCCCCUCCCCACCGGCCCCAACUCCGUGCCGCCUCACCCGACCGCGGGCUUUGUCCACCCGCCGCGGUGCGGCUCCUCCCAGUCCCCUCCGGCUCCUCCCCGCCCCCUCUGCCGGCCCCACUUCCUAGGCGGCGGAGCGGGCCGGGGAGGGAAGGGUUAACUCGCGGCUCUUCCCGGCGCGGAGGGAUCCGGAGGCGAGCCGAGCGCGGUGGUGAGGCUGCCUCAGCGAAAAAAAAUGUCCGCCUAAGGAGACCCACAAGUUCUAUUCGGGGGGACCGACAGCCCGCCCCGGGAGGAAGGGGCGGCCAGGCCCGAAAGCCGCCUCCCCCUCCCAGACCCGAGAGCUCGUGCGGGGCAAAGUGAACCGAGCCGCUGGGCGGUGCAAGGUGAAGCCCAAGCCCGUUCUCCCGGCCAAAGUGAACUUUAAUCGGGGUGGUUGGAUGCGGAGACGGGGCGGCAGGACCUGCUAGAAGUGGCCGAAGAUGAAUCCCCAGCAACAACGCAUGGCCGCUAUAGGGACCGACAAGGAGCUGAGCGACCUGCUGGACUUCAGUGCGAUGUUUUCCCCACCUGUUAAUAGUGGGAAAACUAGACCAACUACACUGGGAAGCAGUCAAUUCAGUGGAUCAGGUAUGGAUGAAAGAGGAGGUACAACAUCUUGGGGAACAAGUGGUCAACCAAGUCCUUCCUAUGAUUCAUCUAGAGGUUUUACAGACAGCCCUCAUUACAGUGAUCACUUGAAUGACAGUCGAUUAGGAGCCCAUGAAGGCUUGUCCCCAACACCUUUCAUGAACUCAAAUCUGAUGGGAAAAACAUCAGAGAGAGGCUCAUUUUCCCUGUACAGCAGAGAUACUGGAUUACCAGGCUGUCAAUCUAGUCUCCUGAGACAAGAUCUGGGGCUUGGGAGCCCAGCACAGCUAUCUUCUUCAGGAAAACCUGGAACAGCAUACUAUUCAUUCUCUGCUACUAGUUCCAGGAGGAGACCACUCCAUGACUCUGCAGCGCUUGAUCCCUUGCAAGCAAAAAAAGUCAGAAAGGUGCCUCCUGGUUUGCCUUCUUCUGUAUAUGCACCAUCCCCAAAUUCAGAUGAUUUCAACCGUGAAUCUCCUAGUUAUCCAUCUCCUAAGCCACCAACCAGUAUGUUCGCUAGCACUUUCUUUAUGCAAGAUGGGACCCACAAUUCUUCUGACCUUUGGAGUUCAUCAAAUGGGAUGAGCCAGCCUGGUUUUGGUGGAAUUCUGGGGACCUCCACUUCCCACAUGUCUCAAUCCAGUAGUUAUGGCAACCUUCAUUCACAUGACCGCUUGAGUUAUCCUCCACACUCAGUUUCACCAACAGACAUAAACACGAGUCUUCCACCAAUGUCCAGCUUUCAUCGCGGCAGUACCAGCAGUUCACCUUACGUUGCUGCCUCACACACUCCUCCCAUCAAUGGAUCAGAUAGCAUUCUAGGAACCAGAGGGAAUGCUGCUGGAAGCUCACAGACAGGUGAUGCACUUGGAAAGGCUUUGGCAUCUAUUUAUUCUCCUGACCAUACCAGCAGUAGUUUUCCGUCAAAUCCAUCAACACCAGUUGGAUCACCUUCACCUCUCACAGGUACCAGUCAGUGGCCCAGACCUGGAGGGCAAGCACCUUCAUCCCCAAGCUAUGAAAAUUCACUCCACUCCCUGCAGUCUCGAAUGGAGGAUCGUUUAGACAGACUGGAUGAUGCAAUCCAUGUGCUGCGGAACCAUGCUGUGGGACCUUCCACCAGUUUGCCUGCUGGUCACAGUGAUAUACACAGUUUAUUGGGACCAUCCCAUAAUGCACCAAUUGGAAGCCUCAACUCAAACUAUGGAGGAUCAAGCCUUGUUGCAAGCAGUCGAUCAGCUUCAAUGGUUGGAACUCAUCGGGAAGAUUCUGUCAGUCUUAAUGGCAAUCAUUCAGUCCUGUCUAGUACAGUCACUACUUCAAGCACAGACCUGAACCAUAAAACACAGGAAAAUUAUAGAGGUGGCUUGCAAAGUCAGUCUGGAACUGUUGUUACAACAGAAAUCAAGACUGAAAACAAAGAAAAGGAUGAAAACCUUCAUGAACCUCCUUCAUCAGAUGACAUGAAGUCAGAUGAUGAAUCCUCCCAAAAAGAUAUCAAGGUUUCAUCUAGAGGCAGAACAAGCAGUACUAAUGAAGAUGAGGAUUUGAACCCUGAACAGAAAAUAGAAAGGGAGAAGGAGAGGCGGAUGGCUAACAAUGCCAGAGAACGCUUACGCGUGCGGGAUAUUAAUGAAGCAUUCAAAGAGCUUGGCCGAAUGUGUCAGCUUCACUUGAAGAGUGAAAAACCCCAAACAAAACUCCUUAUUCUUCAUCAAGCCGUGGCAGUCAUCCUUAGUCUAGAACAGCAAGUCAGAGAGAGGAACCUUAACCCCAAAGCAGCCUGCCUUAAGAGAAGGGAAGAAGAAAAAGUUUCUGCCGUAUCGGCAGAGCCGCCAACCACACUGCCAGGAACCCAUCCUGGGCUUAGUGAAACUACCAACCCUAUGGGUCAUAUGUAAACAUCAGCCAGUUCCAGAGUUAUCAGUAGGCUAGAUAGAAGGUGACCUCUCCUCAUAAGGACUUGGACAACUCAGAUUAUCUGAAGACACAAACCUGACAGGAGGGAGAAGAAAAAACAAAACACUUGAACCAAGAAACUCAAAUGUAAUCCUACGAUCAAAGCAACUGAUCAACACUUCCAUCAGAAGUGAAGAUAGGAAGCUCAUCAGAUAGAACAUCCGCCCAUGAGAUGUUUGCAACAAAUCUUUUGUUGCAAGCAGUGUGUCGCUUCUGCACAAUCAGAGACUGUCUCGAUCUCUCCACUCACCGUGGAAGUUGCCUUGUGCCUAAACUGAAUUGACAAAUGCAUUGUAACUACAAAUUUUAUUUAUUGUUAUGAAACUGUAAGGUCUACAUAUAAAGGGAAAAAGUUAAUGUGGAAAGCUGAUCUACACUCAGCUGAUGCCAGCAUACAUUAAAGCGGUUCACGUGCAGAGAACAAAGCAGUGACAACCAUUGGCCCUUAGCAUUCCCGGCAUACCUAUUAGUGUCUUAAAAAGGAAGGGAAAAGUCUUUUGUUGCCCUCUCCUAUCCUCUUGCCAUAAGAAUAGUGUUUUCCAUGAAAUAGGAAAAUAUUACUUGGUAUAGCAUUUCUCUUGCUCUCAUUUUUUGAUUUAUUUUUAUUUUCUCUUUGUGGGUGUUAUAUUUGAUCUCUAAAUCUGAAUAGUUUAUGGUCACAGUCCAGCCUCCUCCAUGCAGCCCUGUGUGCUUUGCACAUUUACCUUAGUGGUAAGCAAAGACCAUCUGUGACCAUAGCCUAGCUAGCAUUUUAAAAGGGGAAAUUUUGUUCUCUAGGUUUUCCCCCAAAUAAACAUUGCUUUAUUUCUAAUAAUAACCAAGACUUUUCAAGCUUCUAGAUCUCAUAGGAAAGCUUGUAAUAGCAAAAUUGUAAAUUACAAGGGAAGAAUCUACUUUUUAGAAAUCGCUUUGUUUUCCAAGCAGUAAGUACUACAUACAGUACUUGUAAAGUGUUAGCUGUAAGUAAGCACAAAAUACAUUUAAAAUACAAAGACAAUUUUUUCAGGCUGUGAUUAUGGUGAACAUAACAAAACCCAGUAGUCACCAAGGCAGGUAGUGUGAUAAAUGAACACACCACUCUGAGGCUAAUUACCUAAUGGAAUACAAGAGCAAUGGUCACCCGUGUUUCCUUAUCCUAGCCUUUAUUUCUCUGUCAUUUGGAUGGCUGGUCAAUGGGGAAGGAUUCAGUGGGUGAUUUAAUCAACUGCAAACCAUCUGCCCCUGUCCCAAAAUGAUGAGCCAGAUUAGCAUUAAACCAGUACUUGUCAGUCCAUCUUAAUACUGUUCAUUAAGGCACUCUCUGUCUCUAAUCCUUAGGAGUUGUUCUCAAAGACAUAAUCACUUUGAACUUCCAUGAAACCUGUCUUCCACCACAACAACCCUGGGAGAGAAAAACAUGCUAAACGAGGUAUCUUGGCUUAAUAAUUCCUUAUAGCCAAUAUCAACAGUGGCAAUCAGCACACAGAGGAAAGGACCCAAAUCACUAUGUAGCUUAAAGAUUUCUGUUAAUUUGAAAGAACAAAAACAAGACAGAACUUCUGGUACUCUAAUCAAGAUGAUUCCUAACAAGUCAGUCAUUUGUGAACUUAGUGGACUUUUUGGUUACUUUAAUUUGCAUAUAUUCUCCAGUUACAUCAGACUCUAUCUGUGGCCUUGUUCUUCAUUUCAGUGUUAAUCAGCUAAACAGAAGUCGUUGCUUAUGAUGUGUGAGUGAACAUAUGCCACUGCCUGGCCUUUUUUUCUUCAGAGCUUGUUGUCUUUUUCGCUAUAUUAGACUUUGCAGUAUGCCCAGAAGCUUUCCUUCAUAAAAUAGAAAGAAAAAAACAUUUGGCUUAUUUUUCACUGUAGCUAGUCUUUUAUACAAUAAUCUUGUAAGAAAAUUUCUUGAAUUCUAAAUAUUACUCUUUCUAGAUUUUUGAAAUCAAAAAGUUUUCAGUAAAAAGUUUCUUACUUUAUUUUAUUAUAUUAGGUAGUAAAAAAUGUAGGGUUAUUUACCAUAACCUGUUCAUUAAUAUCAGAAAUUUACAAUAGCAUUUUAAGACCAUAGUAGGAUUCUAGCAUACCGUGUAGUACCUAUGGAGUAUUGUAAGAGCUAAUUGUUGGAGAUGAAUUGCUUCUCAUCUUGUUCUCCAGUUUCCAUUGUUGGUUUAUUGCAGAUUUGUAUCCUGUGUCAAAUUCAAGGUAUUAUUGAUAAACCUUUUCAACCAGCAGCAAGAAGUUCAAAUUUUUUUCUGUCACUGUAACAGAAAACACAAUAUGUAUAUAACAUUUAUGUAGCAAUAAAUGUGCCAUCUUUUUUUUAACACAGUAAAA